GAGUGCAGCUUUCUCAUCUUUUCUCUCCACUUUAAACCUCAAAGUCUAUGAAUAGGAGUAGAUCGUGUCCAAGUUUUCCUUCAUCAUUGCCACAAGUCUGGAUUGCAUUCAGGGUACUACUUUUUCUAAUCCAUCCCAUGAUUUCUAGGCUUCGUCUUUCCUAGCUAGCAUGGCCUAUAUAACAUGGAAACUUAGCCCUCUUCACCAUUCAGCUUCUUCAAGGCUCCCUAUAAUAUUGGCACCAGGAAUGUCCGAAACAAGGGGAUCACACAGCAAACAUGAGGACAUGGAGCUGCUAAACAGAGGGCCUUGGACGGUAGAGGAGGACAAGCUCCUCACCCACUACAUUGCUUGUCACGGCGAAGGUCGUUGGAAUCUCCUCGCUAGGUGCUCAGGGUUGAGGAGAACCGGCAAGAGUUGUCGGCUGAGGUGGUUGAAUUACUUGAAGCCCGAUGUAAGGCGAGGCAACCUUACCCCUGAAGAACAGCUCCUGAUUCUUGAACUCCACUCCAAGUGGGGAAACAGGUGGUCUAGAAUCGCACAGCAUCUGCCGGGGAGGACAGACAACGAGAUAAAGAACUACUGGAGGACUCGAGUGCAGAAGCAGGCGAGGCAGCUCAAGGUCGAUGCCAACAGCUCCAAGUUCCGAGAUGCCGUGCGGUGCUACUGGAUGCCGAGGUUGCUCCAGAAGUUUGGCUCUUCACAAACCAUGCAAUAUUCUCUGGAGGCCAACACCAACACUACCACGAGUGACCAAGUUCAGCAUCGUCCUUGCCAAGAGAUCAUCAAUCCAAGCAUGCAAUAUUGCCAAUUGGGAAGUAGCAGCUCCCACGAGCCACAGGCUCCGGAGAAUCACUCUGCUGUGUUUCCUCCGCUCCCGGUUAACAUGUCCGAGUUCCCGUGGAGAGCAUCCGACGAGAUCCAUGGCGUCGCAUUCAAUAUUUUCUCUAGUGGCUUCUCCAUGAACAACGCCUACGACCUAGGCACCUGCGACCUAACGCCGGUGUCGGCAUCAGCGCCAAUCUAUUGGGAUUUGGAUUACGGUACGGAUAACAAUGAUUGCAGCAACUACAAUGGAGAUAACUUGUGGAGCAUGGAUGAGUUAUGUGACAUGUUGAAAAGCUACGUGAGUGGAGCAGAUAUUAAGGUUCCUUUCAGUGAUCAUAAUUCUUAGGGGGGCAAUUAUAUAGCACUGUCAAGCGUCAGCACUAUACUAUAAGAAGUCUGUAACAGGGAGUUCACUGUUCUUGCACUUGAAAAUGAAGGGGGGGAGAGAGAGAGAGAGAGAGCGGUGGUGCUUCUCUCCAUGCGAUUCCUUUGGAUAAAGCUUAUCAGCUACUUCUGAAAUAGAAAGGUCUGGAUGUAGCUCUCGACCAGGCGUCUCAUGUUCGGUCACUUGACUUUGAAUCAAGAUAAGAUGGUUUACUUGUCAA